UAAUUUAUAGUCUAUAGUACAAAUAUCUUAUGUCGCAGUAUUACGACUGUAUUCUCCAAAUUGUAUUUUACCCUCCUUACGUGACUAUUAUACAGUCUUUCUAUUGUUUUAUUUUGAAAACAACCUAACCCGGAAGUGUUUUAUCUCACGCUGUUUAAAACGUUGUUUAGCACGUGUGAAUCUGUCAGUCCGGUGUUUAUUUUUUAACUUGUAUUUUAACAUAAUAACAGCGACAGCAGUGUGUACUCACAAAUAGACAAAACGUAAUCGGUUAAAAGAAAGUAUCUACUCUGACUCUGGUAUAACAGAAGAUGUGAUGGCUAUCGACUAAGCUAACAGACGGGACCCAGACGUAGGGUCAUUUUUUACUACUGGAAUAAUGGCCAGUGCUUUCAGCAGCAGCUCGGAGACAGUGAUUCAACGUGUAGUCGACGUCACAGUAAAAGCAAUUACCGCGGUAGACGAACUCGAGGAGUUCUAUGAUAUAAAGACAACAUGUGACUUCAUUCUUGAGAAACAAUUUAAAAAGGUUGCUCUGCAGUUUCCUGAUGAGCUGCUGGUGGAUUCGGUUGCAGUAUCAGCUGCAAUUGAGAAAUGCAGUAAUGCUAAGACGUUUAUUCUGGGAGAUACGUCUUAUGGCAGCUGCUGUGUGGACGAGGUUGCCGCGGAACACGUCGGCGCCGACUGCGUCGUGCACUACGGCAGGGCCUGCCUCAGCCCCUCCAAGAGGCUGCCGCUCUUGUACGUGUUCGACAAGCGACCCGUGGAUGUGCAGAGAUGUGCGUCGUCCUACAGGGAAUUCUACCCCGACACACAGAGUCACGUCAUCAUCCUCUAUGACGUCAAUUACGUUCAUGCUAUAGGUGAUCUUCUGGCUCUUCUGUCUGCCGAUUAUCCGAACCUUGUAGCCUCGGAGCUCGUCGUGGAAGGGGAGCAGUGUUACUGUCACGGCCCGGUCAAAAGGAGACAAAUAGACUUGUGUCUUUCGGAAGAAGAAGAAGACAAACGGUCUAUCUGUCAGUUUGGGCGACAGUUCACAUUGAAAAACGGCUCGAGCCUAACGGAUUACAGCAUGUUUUACAUCGGCCAAGAAGGCGCGACGCUGCGGAACUUCAUGAUGACGUGGAAUCGCUGUUCAUUUUCUUCCUUCGACCCAGUGACUAUGACGGGGAGGGCGGAAUCCGUGAGCAUUAACCGUGCGCUCAUGAAGAGAUUCUACGCCAUAGAAAGAGCCAAGGAUGCCGGCGUGGUUGGCAUCCUGGUCGGCACGUUAGGAGUAGCCGACUACCUCGACAUUAUCCAGCAGCUGAAGGAGACCAUUCGCAGGGCCGGCAAGAAGAGCUACAUGUUCGCCAUGGGGAAACUGAAUGUGGCCAAACUGGCGAACUUUCUCGAAAUUGACAUUUUUGUGCUAAUUGCAUGUCCCGAAAACUCUCUGCUGGACUCGGCCGAGUUCUACAGACCCGUCGUGACGCCGUUCGAGAUGGAGGUGGCCUGCAACAAGAAUAGGGAGUGGUCCGAGGAAUAUGUCACAGAUUUUCGACAUCUUUUACCAGGUGGUCAGAGUCACGUGCCCUUGGCUGACCAACUCGAGGACGCCGCUGAGACCGACGUGUCACUAAUCACCGGAGCUCUGCGAAGCCACGGUUUGGUCGACAGUGAAACUGCCGAGUCAUCGCCCGGUUCCUCCGUGGUCCUCAGGAACCAGACUCUGACCGUAGCCACCGCUAACUCAGCCGCAUCUUUUUUGGCGGAACGAAGCUGGCGUGGCUUGGAGCAGAAGUUGGGUGAGACCCCUGUGGUGAAAGCAGCAGAGGGCAGGAGAGGCAUAGCUAUUGCCUACGAAGAAGAAGGAACAUAACUGAGUUUUGCAAUUACUCCCGAAGUGCGCAGCAUUCAACUUGUAAUUACGGUAAUCUGUAUGUUAUCUAUAAACCAACAGCAAAAUUGUCUAUAAAAGUCUGUAAAUUAAAGAAAGUGUGCACCAGUGCUUGUGAACUUUAA